UCUACGCCUUCUACUCGGAAGUUAUUCUGCUGUUGCGCCUCAGCGAAUUUUCUGUGUUCGCGGUGCUGAUCUUGGUCUUCUACAUGGAGCUGACUGAGGUUAGCCGCCGGCUGAUCCUGGAGCUGGACAAGACACGCUAUGAGGUCUGGUCUCUGCGCCGCCUGUCGCUGGAGCGCUUGUACGUGCUGCAGCACCUGCACGGGCUGCUGUGGAACACAGUGCGGCUCAUCGAACGCAAUUUCGCGCUGAGCCUGAUAGUUGUGCUGAUCAAGUACUUUGUGGACAUCUCCGUCCUGCCCUACUGGAUGUUUGUCAACAAAUAACCAUGUGGAUAUUUCCACUACAUACUGUGGGUGAGCACUCCCAAUGGGACUGCCAGUCCUAACUCAUUCCUGCUUGCAGAUUGCGCAACUGAGGAGUCCUGCAAGCUGCUGCUGACCUUUCUGCCCAGCUACAUCUGCACGAGAUGCGAACAGGUGCAGCGCCAGCUGCGCUCCACUGUGCACGGAGUCGCCACAGAUCGGCAUAAUGCCCAGCUGAACACAGCUCUAUACCGCAUCUCGGCGCAGCUGGGCCAGGAGUCCUUCAGGUUCAGUGCUGGCGGCUUGAUGGUAAUCAAUAAUGAGUCUCUGGGCAAGUUUAUCUUUGGCAUGAUAGGCUACAUAAUCAUUUGCAUACAAUUUCGCCUGGCCCUAAUCGACAACAGCCCCGAGGAAGUCGCUCAGAGCUUCGUUACAGUCGCAAUGCGACGCUAA